AUGACAGCACUGCGCGAGUCGCUUCGUACACUGGGCUAUUGGGAGGUGUACCACACCGUGAGCGCCAUUACGACCAGGUUGAACGAUUGUAAGUUGUGGUAUAAUCUACUCAAGAAGAAAGCGGCCGGUGGGAGAGUGACGCGCGAGGAUCUAGACCGCAUCUUGGGUGAUUGUCAGGCUGUUUUGGACAUGCCGGCGGCCUACUUUGCCGAAGAACUCAUUGAAGCGUAUCCUGAUGCCAAAAUUAUUUUGACUGUGCGAGAUACGGAAAGCUGGUUUGCCUCCUACUCAAGAACUAUCCGUCCCAUCCAAGACAGCCCUCUUACUCCAUUUGUCUCGAUGAUGGACUGGUUGCUGCUGAUGCCUACGCGGUGGGUGAAGCCCAUGUUCCAGACGAUCGAUCGAAUGCUGUUCCAAGGCGAUUUCGUCAGCAAUGGGCGGCGCGUCUACGAGGAGCACAAUGCCCGAGUGCGGGCUCUCGCUCCGCCCGGAAAGCUCCUCGAGUACCACGUGCGGGAGGGGUGGACGCCGCUGUGCGCGUUCCUGGGUCGCGAGGUGCCCGACAAUCUGGUGGCCGAGGAGACGCCGCACCUCAACAGUAGCAUGGCAUUUAUAGAUAUGUAUCAUGGAAUCAACUACCGGCUACUUUUCGCGCAGGGAAAGCGGCUUCUGGACGUGGCGGCGUAUACGGCGCUGAUGGCGGUUGUCGCUGGAGCGGCGGCGAAGAGAUCGGGGUUCAAGUGGCCCGUGUUUGUCUAA